AUGAAGCCUCUUUUUGGUGCAAUAAUUCUUGUAUUAUUGGCUUUUUAUUUUGCGCCUUCGUAUGCUAAUGGCGCGCCAAAUUCGCAUUCCUCGGUGCAUAUUAGGGUUGAUCAAUCUGGGAGAGGAGAUUUUACGAAGAUCCAAGACGCGAUCGACUCCGUUCCGUCGGGCAAUUCGAACGCAACAUUCAUCUUAGUCAAACCUGGAAUUUACAGGGAGAAGGUUAUAGUCCCUGUUGAUAAGCCAUUCAUAACAUUGAGUGGCACCAACGCAUAUUCCACCAUCAUCACCUGGAAUGAACCUUGGACCAAUGUCCAGGCUCCAACAGUUUCCAUUAUGGCUUCAGAUUUUGUUGGAAAAUACCUUACAAUCCAAAACACAUUCGGCCCUGGCGCUCAAGCAGUUGCACUGAGAGUAUCCGGGGACAGGGCAGCGUUUUACGCCUGCAGGUUCAUUUCCUUUCAAGAUACCGUCCUCGACGACGCCGGAAGGCACUACUACAAAAACUGCUACAUCGAAGGUGCAACAGAUGUAAUCUGUGGCGAUGGCAAAGCACUCUUUGAGAAAUGCCAUCUGCAUUCGGUCUCGAAGAACGGUGGAGCCUUCACCGCACAACGGCGGGUGACGGCUGCAGAGGAUACUGGGUAUAGCUUCGUGGGGUGCAAGGCCACGGGAGUCGGAAAAAUGAUUCUGGGACGACCGUGGGGGCUCUACUCACGCGUCGUGUUCGCCAACACCUACAUGACUAACGCAGUUCUUCCUAGCGGUUGGGGCGACUGGGGAGACCCUACCUACCAAAGGACGGUGUUCUUCGGAGAAUACAGAUCUUAUGGACCUGGAUCAGAUGCCUCAGGAAGAGUUGUGUGGUCUCACCAGCUUUCACAGCCUGAAGCCCAGCCGUUCUUGUCGAUGGCGUGGAUCGACGGUCAGGAUUGGCUCGCAAACCCUCCAUCAAAGCAUCCAUGAUAUUUAGAAACUUUAAACAGGUUUAAGAUAGAUAGAAAGAUUAUUAGUUGUUCAUAAUUAUUUUUCUAUGUUAUCCUAGUUUUAGGAGUACUUUCCAAGGAACAAUGUACAUUUAUAUUGAUUCAUUAGAGCUGUACAUAUUAUAGGAUAUAAGACAUUGUGGUUAUUUAAUUAAUGUUAUGAAUAAAGGAAC